ACCUUAAAUUAUUCCAAGAUUUAUAAUCGUAUUUAGUUUUCUUUUCUUAUAAAGAAAAAUAAGGCAAGCUGGCCGGUGCUACUAGUGCCCACCACACAAAAGCAUAUACAUUAAGAUCCUUCACUCCAUUCAUGUAAUCAUAAAAUAAAUAUUAAAUAGUCACACACUUGAUAGCAUACAUAUAUAUAUAUAUAUAAUAUUAGAGUGAGUUAAAAUAAGUUAACAACGAAAUGGCUACGAAGAAUCUCUUAUUGCUUCUUUUAUCUCUCUUUCUCACCCUAAACCUUGUCACCGCUCAACUCAGCCGCAACUUCUACGCCGGAAGUUGUCCCAACGUCGAACAAAUCGUCAGAAACGCCGUUCAACAAAAGAUCCAACAAACUUUCACCACCAUCCCUGCUACUCUCCGCCUAUAUUUCCACGAUUGUUUCGUCAAUGGUUGUGAUGCCUCGGUGAUGAUAGCGUCGACGGACAAUAAUAAGGCGGAGAAAGAUCAUCCUGAUAAUUUAUCAUUGGCCGGAGAUGGAUUCGACACCGUCAUUAAAGCUAAACAAGCACUCGACGCCGUUGCAAAUUGUCGUAACAAAGUUUCUUGCGCUGAUAUUCUCACGAUUGCUACUCGUGAUGUUGUUAAUCUCGCGGGUGGGCCAAGAUAUGAAGUGGAAUUAGGAAGGCGUGAUGGGCUAUCGUCUACGGCGGAUAGCGUCGAAGGUAAGCUGCCACAUCCGACGGACAACGUCAACCAACUCACUUCACUUUUUGCCAAAAACGGCCUUAGCCGUAAAGACAUGAUCGCUCUCUCCGGAGCACACACAUUAGGAUUCGCUCAUUGCAAGCUAGUGUUCAACAGGAUUUACAAUUUCAACAGCACAACUCAAGUAGACCCUACAGUUAACAAAGAUUACGUGGCAGCGUUACAAGGGUCAUGUCCUAGAAAUGUAGAUCCAAGCGUGGCUAUAAACAUGGACCCAACAACACCUAGACAAUUCGACAACGUUUACUACCAAAACUUGCAGCAAGGAAAAGGAUUGUUCACGUCAGAUCAAGAUUUGUUCACAGAUAGUCGGUCAAAGCCAAUCGUUAACUUAUGGGCCAGUAAUGCAAAGCUGUUUAACCAAGAUUUUGUUAACUCCAUGAUCAAGCUUGGUAGAGUUGGAGUUAAAACCGGUCGUAAUGGUAACAUCCGUCGUGAUUGUGGAGCUUUCAAUUGAAUUUAUAUAUAUAUAGAAUCAUUUUUAUGUCCAUUAAGUUUGAAUUAGGGUUGAGAAUGGUCUCAUGAUGCUAGUCGAGCUUAAAUGUAAUAAAUCUCGGUUUUGGGUUUCAGUUUGUUAAAAGUAAAAUCACACCUAAAGUUGUAUGCCGUUGUAAGUUAAUCUAAGAGUCUGAAUAAAUUUGAUUAAUUAUCAUA